AUGAUAAACGCAUGCGAAUAUUAUACUUCUCCUGGUAAUGAAGAAUACUAUAUUGCCAAGCAUGAUAAGGUAUUUAAUUGCUAUAUAUUCAAUGGUGUUAAUAAUGGAAUUUAUAAAACAAAAUUUCAAAAGGGAAAAUAUCGAAUUGAGCUUUGGGGAGCGAGUGCUGGGAACACAAUUGGUAGUGGAUAUAAUUAUCCCGGUGGUAAAGGCGGCUAUACUCGAGGUGAGAUUGAGUUGAGACAAAAAACAUAUUUUACUUUUUUUGUCGGUACUAAAGGAGGUAACACUACUGCAGGUUCGUCUGCUGUUGGAACUGCAGGAUUCAAUGGUGGAGCUCCUGGAGGGUUUGAUACUAACAAAGGUGAUGGCCCAUCUGCUGGAUCCGGAGGAUCCACUGAUAUGAGAUUUCGAAAAACUUCCACAUACAGCCCUACCAUUUAUGAUCGAAUUAUGGUGGCGGCUGGUGGUGGAAGUAGCGGAUCAUUUAUACGUGCUGGCCUUGGUGGCCACGGCGGUGGAAUCAACGGGACGAAUGGAGCUGUUGUAUCCGGUUCGCCUCUUCCCCCUGUCUCAGGUGCCACACAAACGACUGGCAACCAAGUUUACCAAGGAGGAAAUGGAGAAGAUGGCGAGUCAACAGGUGGGAGCGGUGGAGGAGGGUACUACGGCGGAUUUGGAGGAAAAGUUUCUUAUCCUGAUCAAUAUACUUCAGGGGGAGGCGGUGGAAGUUCCUUUAUUAGUGGUCAUCUAGGCUGUAUUGCGAUGGAUGAUCGAGGAAGAGCUUUAGAAACCAACAUUCACCCUUCUGGAUUAUCCUUCAAAAACACUCAAACUAUUCAAGGAAAUUCUGACAUGCCUGCACUAAAUGUAGUUGAUGGAUUUGAAGAACUUGGACAUGUAGGAAAUGGAUUUGCCCGAAUUACUAUAUUGAGUGAUUUAAAUGAGUGUUCUUGCAUAACAAAUGUUUAUCAUAUAUCUCUAUUCUUAUUCAUUUUUGAGUUCAUCAGUGAAUAA